CGCACACACCACACACACCACACCACACAAUCAUCCCAAAAGCCUCACACCCACUUUCUUCUCUCCUCCUUCGGACUCUCUCUCUCCCUCUCCUUCUCACUCCUUCCUCCCCAUCACCUUCCGUGUAGCCCAUCCCAACCCGCACACACUUCCACCAUGGUUACCAGGAGCUACUCCAAGACCUAUAAGGUCCCUCGACGACCGUUCGAGUCGGCACGACUGGAUGCCGAGUUGAAGAUCGUCGGCGAAUAUGGCCUGCGCAACAAGCGUGAGGUGUGGCGCGUGCAAUUGACGCUGUCGAAGAUUCGACGUGCUGCUCGUGAGCUUCUCACCCUCGACGACAAAGACCCCAAGCGCCUCUUCGAAGGUAACGCCCUCAUUCGCCGUCUCGUGCGUGUCGGUGUCCUCGACGAGUCCCGCAUGAAGCUCGAUUACGUGCUCGCCCUCAAGGUCGAGGACUUCCUGGAGCGUCGUCUCCAGACCUGCGUCUACAAGCUCGGUCUCGCCAAGUCGAUCCACCACGCUCGUGUGUUGAUCAAGCAGCGACACAUCCGUGUCGGCAAGCAGAUCGUCAACGUCCCCUCUUUCAUCGUCCGUCUCGACUCCCAGAAACACAUCGACUUCGCCCUCACCUCGCCGUUCGGCGCCGGUCGUCCCGGCCGCGUCCGAAGGAAGAAGGCCAAGGCCGCCGCCGCGAAGGGUGAUGAGGGCGAGGACGAGGAUGAGGAGGAGUAAGCGACUCGCCAUCCCAGCGUUUACGACACGCCCUGGAUCAGCAUCGCCGGAUCUUCUGCCGACGUUCAUCGUUGCGUGGACGAGGUGGAGCUUUAGGGCAGUGGAAUGGAAUGGAGAGAAGCGGGGGGUCAAAAAAGGGAAAUGUCCAUUAGAUAACCGGGUCGGACAGAAAUUAUCUCACUCAUGCAUCC